GUCCAGGCGGGUGGCCAGCUCUCCCUCUGCGGCAGACGCUGGAGGAAGACAGCAGCCCCACCGCCAGCCGACCGUCCGCACACACACCUGUCGGUCUAGCUGCCGCUGUCCUCCUGGAAGCCUUCUGUCUGUCCAGCUGUCUGUCAUCUGGACUCGGUGCAAUUGUCUGUCUGACCUUCCUCCUCUGUCCAGCCAUCUGGCUGUCAAUCCGCUUGUUUGUCUGUCUCUGGUCCCCGUCUGUUUGUCCAUCUGCCCCAUCAUCUGUGAGUCUAUCUGCUUGUUAUCCGUUCUUCCGUCUGUCUCUGUGCAUCUCUCUGUCCGCUGGUCUGUGCGCCCACCUGCCUCCCCACUCCCCCGGGGCCGCAGAGCCAUGGCCCAGGGCCGCGGGGCCGUGGUCAGCGUGGUGCUGCUGGGGCUGGGGCUGGCGCUGGCCGUCAUCGUGCCCGUCUUGGUCGUCUCUCGGCACCGUGUCGGCUGUGGCCCCCAGGCCUUCGCCCACGCCGCGGUCGCUGCGGACUCCAAGAUCUGCUCGGACAUUGGACGGGCCGUGCUGCAGCAGCAGGGCUCGCCCGUGGACGCCGCCAUCGCGGCUCUGGUCUGCACGGGUGUGGUCAACCCGCAGAGCAUGGGCCUGGGUGGAGGCGUCAUCUUCACCAUCUACAACGCGACCACCGGGCAGGUGGAGGUCAUCAACGCCAGGGAGACGGUGCCCGCCAGCCACGUCCCGGGUCUGCUGGGCCAGUGUGAGCAGGCCCAGCCUCUGGGCACAGGCGCCCAGUGGAUCGCGGUCCCCGGGGAGCUCCGUGGCUACGCGGAGGCCCACCGCCGCCACGGCCGCCUGCCAUGGGCGCGGCUGUUCACGCCCACCAUCGCGCUGCUCCGCGGGGACCUCCGCGUGCCCCACGUCCUCAGCCUCUUCCUGCACAGCAGCCUCCUGCGUCCUUCCCUGUACGCAUCGUCCCUGAGGCAGCUCUUCUUCAACGGGACAGACCCCCUGAGGCCUCAGGACCCACUCCAGUGGCCCGCGCUGGCCGCUACGCUGGAGACCGUGGCCGCGGAAGGCGCGGAGGCCCUCUACACUGGGAGGCUGGGCCGGAUGCUGCUGGAGGACAUCGCCAAGGAAGGCAGCCAGCUGACCGCGCAGGACCUGGCGUCCUUCCGGCCGGAGGUGGUGGACGCCCUGGCGCUGCCCCUGGGGGACUACACCCUGUACUCGCCGCCGCCGCCCGCAGGGGGCGCUCUUCUCAGCCUCGUCCUCAACGUGCUCAAAGGGUUCAACUUCUCCGCGGAGUCAGUGGCCAGGCCAGAGGGGAGCGUGAACCUAUACCAUCACCUCGUGGAGACGCUCAAGUUUGCUGGUGGGCAGAGGUGGCGGCUGUGGGACCCCCGAAGCCACCCGGAGGUGCAGAACACCUCCCAGGACCUGCUAGGGGAGGCUCUGGCCCAGCACAUCCGCCAGCAGAUCGACGCCCGGGGUGACCACCAGCCCAGCCAUUACAGCCUGACCGGGACCUGGAGCCACAGGAUGGGCACGGCCCACGUGUCCGUGCUGGGGGAGGAUGGCAGCGCCGUGGCCGCCACCAGCACCAUCAACACGCCCUUUGGCGCCAUGGUGUACUCACCGCGCACCGGCAUCCUCCUCAACAACGAGCUCCUGGACCUGUGCUGGAGGCACCCACGGGGCUCCGGAGCCGCUCCCCCGCCGGGUGAGCACGGGGCCCCGCGCGAGAGGCGGGCCGGCGGGCAGGACGGGACGCGGGGGCAGGGGGCGGCCCUGGGGGGGGCGCCGGCUUGGAAGCAAGGCUGCACCGACACCCUCUGGCCUCCAGUCCCAGGCGAGCGGCCCCCGUCGUCCAUGGUUCCCUCCGUCCUGGUCAGCGCAGCGCAGGGCUCGACGCUGGUGAUCGGCGGGGCCGGCGGAGAGCUCAUCGUCCCCGCUGUGGCCCAGGCCAUCGUGAACAAGCUGUGGCUGGGCUUCGACCUGCAAGCCGCCAUCGCGGCCCCCAUCCUGCACGUGGACAGCAAGGGCCGGGUGGAGUACGAGCCCAGCUUCAGCCAGGAGGUGCAGAAGGGGCUCCAGGAGCGGGGCCAGAGCCAGACCGAGAGGCCCUUCUUCCUGAAUGUGGUCCAGGCCGUGUCUCAGGACGGGGCCUGUGUGUAUGCCGCAGCGGACCCCAGGAAGGGCGGGGAGCCCUCGGGCUACUGACGAGGCUGGUCCCUCCGCAGAGCUGGGGUCCCGCCCGGCGUGCACCCAGGCUGGCCUGGCCUGUGAGACUGAGCACUCGGGCAGGACCUGGACCCCUUGGCGGGACGGUCAGCCCGGGGCCGCAAGAGGUGGGGACAGCCCAGCCCAGCAGCUAGAUGGCUGUGGGGGCGAGCCUCCCACCCAGAGCCCCUGCGGCCCUGCCCUGACCCUCCCGUCUCCCGAGGCCUCUCCCCCAGGACUGUGCCCACCCCACCCCCGAGGCCCCACCCCCACCCAUGUACCCUCCAGUCCAAGAUUAAAGAAGAGGC